AUGGAACAGUCUCGUCUACGUCGGAAUAUCGAGCGCGCUACCUACGAUAUCCAGUCCAUCAAGUCGGUAUUCGACGACUGCUUCAUUGCUCAUGUGUCUUACGUCGACGAUGGGCUACCGGCGUGCAUGCCCAUGAUUGCCCUAGUCAGCAAUGAAGAAGAUCUUGAGGCCAACGGCCUUUCAAGAGACGGCGACGGUGGAAGGUCAAAGAAGACCACGAAGGCGAUUCAAGAGAGCGAAGAGGUAAAUGGUACCAUCGCAGUUGAUUGCCAUACAACAGAGGCCAACAAGCCCAAGGAGCAAGUGAAGGUGUGCAUCACGGCCACAAAAGUGGACGGCUUGGUUCUCUCGUCCGCUCCGAAUGGCCACAGCUUCAACUACCGCUCGGCGGUCAUCCAUGGGACAUGCGCGCCGGUGCAAGACAAAGCAAUCAAGAGAAACGUUAUGCGCGCGGUUACGAACCACAUCGUGGCCAACCGGUGGGAGGAGGUGAACCCAGUAGCCUCGUUACAGGUCAGCCUCGUGUACGUGAUUAAGGUUACCAUCGACAGAAUGUCCGUCAAGAGCCGGAUCGGGGUUCCUGGGAUCCAGCCUCGAAAUACGCGGCUUGAUGGGCCGGACAUUGAGCAGCAGCCGUGGACGGGCGUGAUACCGAUGUGGGAGCAACUUGGGAAACCGGUAGAGAGUGGACUGACGCCGGGCGCGGUGGUGUCGAAGAGCUUGAGGGAGUUUAUCGAGAAGAGGAACGAGAAGCACAAGGCCUACUCAGAAACCGUCACCCGCUCUCUGUUUGAUCACAAUCUGCAACUUCGCAUCCCGGAAGAGCGAAUUGAGGACGAGACACGCAUCCAGACAACCCGUCAUGUUCCUGUCGGAGUCGUCGCAGCUAUUUGCGCAUGGAACUUCCCUCUCGUGCUGUCUCUUGGAAAGAUCUUGCCUGCCUUGUUGACCGGGUGUACCAUCAUCGUUAAGCCGUCACCGUUUACACCUUACUCGGCACUAAAGAUGGUUGAGCAGGCACAGAAGAUCUUCUCUCCUGGUGUUGUCCAGGUUGUUGGUGGCGAUGACUCUAUUGGUCCGGCGUUGGUCAACCAUCCCAAUGUCAACAAGAUCACCUUCACAGGUUCCGGUGAAACUGGGAAAAAGAUUAUGGCCUCGGCGGCUGGGACAUUGAAGCGUGUGACUCUUGAACUGGGAGGCAAUGACCCGGCUAUCAUUUAUCCUGAUGUGGAUAUCGGGAAGACAGCACCGGAAGUCGUUCAAGGCUGCUUCGUCUUCUCCGGUCAAGUCUGUGUUGCCACGAAGAGAGUCUAUGUACACGAGAGCAUUUAUAAGCCAUUCCUGGAAGCGAUGGUGGAUGCAGCUUCUCGGAUGGUGGUUGGCGAGGCGGGAAACCCCAGUACCACAAUGGGUCCCAUGCAGAACAAAAUGCAGUACGAGAAGGUCAAGGAAUUGGUUGCCGACAGCGAGGCCCAAGGCUACAAGUUUGCUCUUGCUCCCCAACACAUGGCCUCUGGCAAGGGAUUCUACCUCUCACCUAGUAUCGUCGACAACCCACCUCCCACAUCUCGAAUCGUCCUUGAGGAGCAGUUUGGUCCAAUUGUGCCAGUCCUUAAGUGGUCCGAGGAGUCGGAUGUCAUCGCCUGUGCGAACGGGACUACUUCCGGACUAGGAGCUUCUGUGUGGAGUGCUGAUGUUGCUCGGGCAGAGCGAGUUGGCCGGUUGAUGCAGGCCGGAAGCGUGUUUGUGAAUUCCUGGGCGAAAACGACGCCACGAGCGAUGCUAUCGGGGCAAAAAGAGAGUGGACUUGGGGGUGAAUGGGGUUCUACCGGGUUCCUUGGGUAUUGUAACACUCAAGUCGUGCACGUCUUCAAAUGA